AUGGUAACUGUUCAAUGUGAAGGGGCUGAUUCUGUAAAUUUGAUGAAAUACAAAAUCAAAUCUGUAAUAAGGGGGGCUAAGCAUCGGCCAACCCCGGUACUCCCUCCGCUACCGCACAUACCAACGAACGAAUAUAUUGCAGGCGAGCCACAAGACAUCCAGAUCACUAUUCUCCAACUUCAGCUUGAGGUUUCCCUUAUCAGGGAGGAAUUCAAGGCAGACCAGCGUCACAUCAGGGAAAGUCUUCUUCAGGAGAUGGAUUACCUAAAUCAUGAGGUCGAUGAUAUUAGGGUAGGGCUAUUAGAGGUGUCCAAUUUGACUGACGACUUGAGGAAUCAUUUUUAUUCACUCCAGCCAGCGUAUGUCAUGGCAUCGACUGACAUAGCUAAACUGAAGAAGGUGCUUGUUGUCACAAGUUUAUUCGGAGUGGUCAUUGUUGCAGGAGUGGUGGCAGCUUACAAAUGGUUCUGA